AUGUCAUCUGACGAGCUUGGCAAGUGGGCACAGGUUGCAGAACUCUCCCGCGGACCAGUCGAAGAUCUGCAGAUCACUCCCCAGGCAUCUGUACUGUGCCAUGUGGGCCGACAACUCUGUACUUCCUGGACAGAGACUGUAUUUACCGAGUGGAUCAAUGAGAGCCACCUUAUCUGGACUCUAUGCGCCGCCCUCGCAGAGUCCGGCCUCGACCGAGAGUGGACACAGGGGUUUGACCUCUAUUUCCACCGCCAGUGGGUCCAGAUCCAGUCGACUAUGCAGCAGAUCCAGGGUGUUGACCGGUUCCUGCUAGAUAUCCCAACCCCGCCUAUGAUGAUGGCUGUGUUCGGCCACAGCAAUGGGUCUACACCCCGCUAA